UUUAUCUUUUGGUAUGCUAAUAACAACAGGUGAGUUAUUUAGCAAUUUAUUUGCUGUAAAAUUUCAUCAGAUAGUGUGUUUUUGGGUAAAAUUUCAUCCUUGCCAACUCACUGGUUGGCUACUCUUUUUGAUGAUCCAGGAUUGUUUCAAGUACUUAGAUUGAACAUUAUUUAUUAAAACAGAGCAUUUGGAUAUCUUGGUGUGUUGAACUAGCUUAGUUGAAGCACUGCAAAAAGUGAAAAAAACUAACUGAAUCAUCGGGUUUUUGAUUUUCUUAUUUCCUAUUUUGCUCCUUAAUCAGCUUCCUCCUUGAUGGUUUUGAUCCUCUCGCUUGGUUGAUUCUUUCUCACUGGCCAACACCGGUAAUUGAGUAUUCUCCCUAACCUUCAUCAUUUCAUUUAUCAAAUUUUCAUCUUUUGCUUUUGAAUUUUGAUUAAUUUCAUGCUUCUAACUGCUAUUAUCAGUGAAGAUUUUCCUUGUUGCUUCCCUUUUUUUUGUUUUAUGUUGGCCAUAUUGGUGAUGUUCUGGGUUGCCGUAACCUUGUUUUACUUGUAAUUAUUGUUCCAGACGUACCUGAUGUGCACUGAAAAAAUGUGCACAAUUGGAUUUUGUGGUAUGUUUCUAUUUUGUUAUUGGAGGGAUGUUAUGUUGCAUAGUCCAACGGAAAUUCAAAUCAUUUCACAGGUAUAUUCUUCUCUCUUCUUUAUUUUCUUUUCUCUCUAAUAGUGUUUUCCUAAUUUUUUUAGUUUGCCUUGGCAGAAUCCUUGUUUUUUCUGUUCUCUGUUCCCUUUUUUCUUUUUUUUUUCAGUGCUAACUCAAAUCCCUACUGCUAAAGUGACUAUUGCCGUUUCUGUGAAUUGGAUUAAAGAUUGAGCCUUCCUUUUCCCCCUUAUUUUUGGUCUCACACGUGUUGAAUUAGAUAGUUCAAAAAUACAUAAUAUAUGAUGCUAUGAAUUUGUGAAGGUCUUGGCUUUGAGUACUUAUAUGGCUUUCUUGCUAUUAAAAUUUCUCUUCGAAUUGGAUGGAAGUUUAGGAGGAACCAUUCGUUAGUUUUCAUGUCUUGAUAUGCAUGAAAAUGAGAAACAGUGGCAAUCUCUAAUCUUCGGUCAAAACUAGAUUCUCUAAUCAUGAAAAUGGAAUUCAUAAUGAUGUGUUUUAAAAGGACCUUGUUUCUUUUCUGAAGGAUGUGAUUGGUUAAAACCUGUUAGUUGCAUUGUUGCUUAAUUAAAUGUGUUUGUUGUACUUUGUUUCCUAUUUCUCUUCUCUCUUGGAUUAGUUUCUCUUCUACCAUUAUAAAAGUUAAGUGGUAAAUGUGUUAUUUGAAGCAUCAUUCACACGCUGUGAAUGAACCAGAGCCUUAGAA